CCACAGCAGCGGCCCCCAUUGGCUCCCGCAUUGCCGGUUCCUGUAGGUUCGCUCCGCACCUUUAAGACCUGGGGGCCGAAUGCGUCUCCCGCCCCCCGACAGCUGCCAAGAUGGCGGCUCCCGAGGAUGGGGGCGGAGAGAGCGCGACGGUGGCAUCGCCGCCGUCUCCUGCUGAGGAAGAGCCCCCCGGACCGGCCGCCGCCCGCGGGGCUCGCCACAGCGCGGCGGCCGGGGAGAGGGUUGGCCUGCUGGGACCUGGGUAUCCCCCCGGGGCGGUCGCGGCCAGGGGUGACUUGCUGGGUCCGCUGGAGCCUGAGGAGGGCGGAGGCCUGCUGGGCCCCCUGGAGGCUGGAUCCCCCACCGAGGAGGGAUCGGAGGUGCUGGCGGUGACCGAGGAGUUGGCCCAGAGCCUGGCUGCCAGCUCCUCCGCCGUCGGCACCGCCCUCUACCUGGAGCCGGGUGGGAGCCUGGUGCAGGGGGCUGAGCUGAGCGCGGAGGAGCAGCUGGUGGUGGCGGCGACCGAGAACCAGGCAGUUGGGUUGCCGGGGAAUUUGCCUGCGGAGAGGAGUCAGGCCGAGCCACUGGCUCAGCCUCCCGGCCAGCAGGCCACAGCGGCGCCCCUGGCCCCCGAGGAGCUGCAGAGGGUCAUCGAACAAGUGAGCAGGGCCCAGAAGCAGCCUCCACCGCCCCUUCUUCCCUCCUCUGGAGCUGGCAUUGGAUCCUUAUUGUUGCCUCCUCCUCGAGCUGGGGGGUACUCGCUACCCCAGGAGAUUGGCCUCAUGCCCCCAGCAUCAGGGUUCAGCAGUUCCCCACAGGGCUGUAGCCUGACUGCUGCCUCCGGGUCCCAGCCGGUGACCAGUAUCAUGCACAAUGCAGCACAGCAGUUGCAGAAUGUGGCCCAGCAGGUUGCCCUUCAGCAGGGCAAAACUAUCGGUACCACCAGGUGCCUUGUACACAAGCAAUUAGAAGCCAUUUGUGUUCAAGUGCAGCCGGGGCAGAUGAAGGAAAAUGAAAAGCCAAUGCCACCUGUUGCAGAAGUGCAGUCCAAAGCUAUAACACCAAGUCAGCCAGUUGGUAGGAAUUCUGGUCUGUCUAGACUUAAUAUUAUUAAUCCCCAGAUUAUUAGGAUACAGCCUGUAACAGGAACUGAGCAGCAACAGUUUUUCUUGCAUAGUUCUUCUGAGCCUCCAGUUCAGCUACUUGUGCAGAGACCUUUAGCCCCUGAUGGACCAGUGUCAGUGAAUAAAAUUCCCACACACCAGGCACUGAAUGGACAAAAAACUACAUGUGCCACAGUGUCUGCUACAGAGUCUCGAAAUGUUACUUUGGUGGCAGCCAGUUCAGCAAAUACUCUUAUCUCGAGCCUUGAGAAAAAGCAAAAAGAAGAACUAAAGCUAAAAAAGUCUUUGAAAGUGAAGACUCGUUGUGGACGGAUUUCACGCCCUCCAAAAUAUAAAGCGAAAGAUUAUAAAUUCAUUAAAACAGAGGAUUUGGCCGAUGGUCAUCAGUCUGAUUCUGAUGACUAUGCUGAACUAAGCAUAGAAGAUGACGAUGAGGGGAAAGCAAAGGGAAUGGAUGCAUUAUUCAAUCCUUUGAAUUAUAACCUAAAGCCCAAAAUGUUUAAAUGUCAGACUUGUGAAAAAUCCUACAUAGGAAAUGGAGGAUUAGCACGACAUUAUAAACUUAAUCCAGGUCAUGGACAACUGGAGUCUACACAGCAAAAAGUCUCAAUGAAUAAAACUAAUAGAAGUGUGUUUCUGGAUAUUUCUGGAGGAGCAGAUGAUGAAACUCUGAGUCUGGCACUCUCGCAACCAAUUGCUGUCACUUUAAAUAAUGAAAAUUCACUAGCUAUUGGUUUGGAAGAAACUGCUUCUUCACAGAGUGAGCAACAGACUGGUAAAUCUGCAACAGACAGACCUUUGUUGGCAGCACAACAAAAUGAGACUGGUUUAGUACAUUGGGGACCUGGAAUGCCAAAUGGACCUGGAAGACCCAGACGACCUAAAAGACGUGGCCGACCGAGGAUGACUGGAAGAUCAAUGUGUUCAGGAAGACUUAAUAGACCUGGUCGGUCCCCUUCUAAGUCGCUUAGUAAUGUGUCAACAGAACACAUCAUAUUUAGAAGAAAAGCUGGACUAAAAGAGCUAAUCCAACAAUGUGACAAUGAAGAUUUAAUGGAGCUGGCUCUUCCCCGCCUGACAAAGCUUGUUACUGUGUAUGAAUUUCUACUGAUGAAGGUUGAAAAAGGUUACCCAGCAAAAGCCUUUUUUCCAGAUGUUUAUAGAGAAUUUGAAGAGUUACAUAAUAUGGUAAAGAAAAUGUCUCAAGACCAUUUCAGUAAUUCUGAUUUUCUGAGUUAUCAGCAGCCUGUGGAAAUAAAAGAUCCCAAGGUUGCUGAAUCACUAGGAAUUACAGAGAAGCUUCUUGGAAAACAAAAGAUACAAGCUAUAGACUCUUCCACACAAUGUGUAAUUAAAACAGUUGGUGAGCAGAUGUUUACAGAGAUAUCAGGGAAAAAACGAGCAAAUGAGAGUUCAUAUGAAGAACUGUUGCCAUCAGCUAAAAGGACCAGAGUAGAAGGCAUAUUGGAGAAUGUGGAAAAUGUUUAUGCUAGCCAAAAUGGAGAAGAGGAAAAGAGCUGGAACUUGUCUACACUGACUACAAAAGACGGUUUUAAUCCACUAAAUGGGAUGGUUGUGUUCUCCAAGGACAGAGGUAUUACUCCUUGCAUAACUGGAAGUGCAAAGCAUACUGGGGAGCAACACAAAUCACUUGAUUUAGAAGCUAGAACUAACACUGAAAAUUCAGAUAUCCUUCAGUCCAUGAAAAUGAGAAUGGAAUGCUCUCAACUCAUAAGUAUACAGGGACCAGAUAGUACAAGUAACACAUCUCCACCAUGUACUGAAGCAUUGUUGCAUGCUGAGGCAGAUAGCUCACCAGAAGAAUUUGUUCAAGCACACUUUGUAAACGAGAACACAGCAGGUAGACUGACAAGUUCUGAAUUUUGUAGCUCCAUGGUAUCAGAAGAUGUGAUUGAUAAUCAGAGUACCAACUUGUCAAUGAAUAAAGGAACUGAUCAUAAUGGAAAAUAUCAGAAACUUCAGCAAGAUGAAGAAAACCAGAGUUACACUAUUACCAGUGAACAGUCUGAACAACUUAAUGAUGCUGAUAUUGCUGAUCAGAUGCAGCAGCUUGAAAAAGUCUUUUCAACAAACAUUGUGCCAGUAGACCAUUCAUACAAGACUCAAACUGACCCACAUCAGAAUCCUGUACAGGAAACCUCCAUAUCCACUCGGGAGAAUCUUGAAAGUCCAAUUAAAAACUUGAAUGAAUUCUCUUGUGGGCUAGAGGAACAACAUGCUGGACAACAUGAGCUAGAGAAUGCAGUUACUGUAGGUGAAACUGUAGCCUUUGAGAUUGCUGAUGAGAGCCAUGAAUUCUUGUCCCAGGGACAGGAACAGAUCUUUAUUCAGACUGCAGAUGGGCUUAUUCUAUCUCAUCCAGGUACUGCUGUUCUGUCUCAAGCAGAAGGCAUUGUGAUUGUAACUAAUGCUGAUGGUACUACAAUGCACAUUCGCACCCCUGAGGGGGUUCCUUUGGAAACUGUGGAAGCACUACUGGCAAUGGAAGCAGAUGGCCAAAGUGAAGAUAUUUUGCUCUCGUAAAGUGAAGUGGAGCCAUAAAUAUAAAAACCUGUUUUAUUUAUACAUGCUUUCUUCUGGAAAAGACUGAUCAUAUCAAAUGUAUAUUUUUCUAAUGUGAAUAUUGAAAUUAACUUAUUUGUAAACAUUUCUAUGACCUGUACUUUUUUAUAACUUAUGUUUAUAUUAGCUGUAUUGCAACCAAAAAUUCUAAGGAAUGACUUUUGAUUCAACUUGUGCUCUUAAUUGAGUUUAUGUGAGGGGAUGUGUGUGGAUACCUGUCAACCCUAGUUUUGAUGCACUAUUACCUUUUUUAUUAUAUAUUAGUUUUACUCUUUGGCCAACAGAAAUGCAAUAUAAUGUGUUGCACUGCCUGUUGUCAGUGCUAUGCUGUAUACUGGCAACCUGUAUAUGGGCAAAAUAAAAACAUUAAAAGGAGCUGUAUUUUCUAUGUAUUAGAGGUUUUAUCUUA